UCUAAGCACUGGAUUCAAGGAUAUCAGGUUCCCAGUGGACAUAUUUUGUGUGAUAUAAAAUGUAAUAACUUUUCAGUUACGAUUUUAUUUUCAAUAUGUUGGGAACAAGAGCGUUGCAAGUGGUAUUUUAAGCAAUUAAUACAAUUCAAACAAAAAACUUUUUUCAACGCCUAGUUAUUAGUAAAGGCAAAAUAUUUAUUUGUAUACAUACAAAUAUACGUUUGUACUUUUUUCAUAUAUAUUUUAUAUUAAAAAAAUUGUACUUCACGAUGGUGGUGAGUAUUUUUUUUUAAUUUUAAUUUUUAGUUUAUUAAAAUGCGUCAAAAUCAGAAUGUCGGCUAUAAAUACAUAUUUUAGCAGUUAGAAAUGCCAUUAAAACUAAAUUAUUUAAAACUGUGAACUGUGAAAAUAAUAUUGCCAAUAAUAGUAUUUUCACACAAACACAGAAUUUCGAAAAAACAUAUUUAAAUGUUGUUCGUCAUGGUUUUAGAAAAUCAUGAACACUUUUAGUUUUAUCGUGUUUAUUGGUGUACUAUUUACGUCAGUAAUCAGUCAAAAGUCGAGGGAAACGUCAUCACCAAAUGUAGUUCUUAGACAUCUAGAAAACGAAUCGGAAAUAUCAAGCGGAAGUAAUACCGUAGCGUCCACAACGACAAUAUAUUUAGAGAGUUCACAUGACAUUGAUCCUGCAGAAGAAUGUGUAUGUACGCCAUUUAAUUUAUGUAAAACAUACGAAUCGACUGAAGAGGGUGGUGGCCUUAUUAAUAUAAGGUAAGUCAUUUGUUUUUUCGCAUUGCAAAAUAUGUUUUAGAUUCUGAGCGGUGGGAGGAAUAUAUCUGUUUUACAAUGAUGUUUAUUAUUUUUUUUUUUAUACUGUGUAUAAAAAUUAUACUAGGAAUCUUGCUCUGAUUUUCGAGCAUGGCACCUUCUCUUGAUUUUCCAAACAGUUUUAAAAAUAAUUAGGAAAAACCGGAAUUUUUUUUAAAAGUAAUAAUAGUAUUAUUAUUUUCAAUUAGAUCAUUUUUUGUAAUUUAAUUAAAAAUGUUCGUAGACAUUUUUUUACUGAAUCCUUAUAUUUGCCUUUUAUAGACGUGAUAACGUUUUCAAAACUUGACUCAUUUUUAGCUAAUUAUGGAUAUUUUUACUUUGUGAGUUUAUUCGGUAGGUACUCUGUGGAAAAAAUUGUUAGACCAAAAAGAAAUGAUUGAAAAUACAACAGGAGGUUUAUUAUAAGUUGUACUUGUGAUCAACAAGAAAAAUUUGAGUUUAAUGUAUUAUUUUUUUUUAUAAAAAUCCUAAUAUAAAAUCCCGACGAAAAUCGUAAAUAUUAUGGCUAUCUAAAACACGUAUGACCAAACUCCGCUCGGAAUCAGUUUAAAUUUUAAACUCAUUUAGAAUAUUAUGUUGAUAUUAUAAAAAUAUAGUCGGGUUUUCAAUCACUCUUUUGUACUCAUAUUAUUUUAUACUAUAUAUACAUAAAUUAAAUCAUAAUUAUUUAUAUAAUGAGUAUAGUAUAUAAUAAAAUUAUAUAAAUUACAGGAGUUUUGGACCGUGCGAUAGUUAUUUAGACGUUUGCUGUAAAGAGAAACCAACGUUGUCAACAGAAAAUUAUAUUUCAAGUAGUAGUACUGAUAGUAGUGAUAGCACUGAAAGCAGUGAAAAUAGUGAUAACAGUGAAGGUGAUAGUGAUCAAAAGAAACACAGCAAUACGGACGGUGGUUCUAGCGAAGAAAGUCCAAGUGAGAAUUGUUCGUGCGAAGAUGAAGAUAGUGUUAAAGAAACAUACGUUGGGCACCCGUCCGAAUCUUCAUCUGAAUCGUCGUCUCAAUCAGCGUUUGAAUCGCCAUCUGAAUCGUCGUUUCAAUCAACGUUUGAAUCUUCAUCUGAAUCGUCGUCUCAAUUAACGUUUGAAUCGUCAUCUGAAUCGUCGUCUGAAAGUGAAAUCACACCCGAAACUCCAACUUUUGGAGUACAUCAAAAUGGCCAAUCAUUUUACAAUAGUCACAACGACCAUAAGGAACGUGUUCAUGAAUGCGGUAAAUGGAACAAAAAUGGGGUAGGUUUUAGAAUUUUCAACGACAUCGACAGCGAAACGCAAUUUGGCGAAUUUCCGUCAAUGAUUGCCAUAUUCAAGGAAGAAGAGUUAAAAGGUGAAAAAAAACUCGUGUACCUUUGCGGAGGAUCGUUAAUCAAAACCGACGUUGUUUUGACAGCGGCUCAUUGUGUGAUCAAGUAAAUAUUAAUUUCGCAUUUCGAUAUUAAAUUCAAAAAACUAAAUGUUUCGAAUAAUUUACUAACAACAACUUCCCUGAAUUUCUUGGGAUCAAUUGAACUAAAAACUAAAUUUAACAUUAUGUUUUGGUUGACAAUAUAAAUUUGUAUGCGUUUUGAUUUUUAGGGUCAACCCGAAGACUUUGGUGAUCAGAGCGGGUGAAUGGGACAUAAAAACGAUUAAAGAGAUACGCCCUCACCAAGAUAUAAUCUCGAAGGAAGUUGUCACACAUCCCGAUUAUAAAUCUGCAGGACUACACAACGAUGUAGCUUUAAUAUUUACGGAAACACCGUUUAUUCUCGAUGAAAACGUCCAAAUCGCGUGCCUCGAUGAAUACGACAGUAGCGAUGUGGACGAAUCGCUGCCGUGCAUAACGACUGGUUGGGGGAAAACAGUGACUUACAAUAACUUUACUAUUUCGAAGAAAACCACAUCGGGCAAUAUUAGUACGUCGAUAAUAAUAUUGAUAAAAAAUAAAUAAAUAUCAAUAAUAUCGAACUGUACGAUAAUAUUAACAAACUUUACUUAUUCUAACAUCAUUAUAGAGACAAUCGGCCACUACGAAGUCAGUAUAUUAAAAAAGGUCACAAUUCCUAUUGUACCAAACGACAAAUGUAUGGAAGCUCUCAAAUCUACUAGACUCGGUCCGAAAUUUGUGUUACACGAUAGUUUCGUGUGUGCGGGAGGUGAAAAGGGAAAAGACGCAUGCAAAGUAAGAUAUUAAUGUACAAUUUAAAUUUUUAUACUUUUUUUUUUAUAUUUUAAACAUGCUUGCUUGUAAAUAAAAUUCUAUGGCAUGUAAAUAUUUUUAAUUUUAUGUGCGUUACGUAAAAUACUGAGUUGAUACAAUUAUGUUGUGCUAUUAUUAAUUUUAUUCAUGAAUAAAUUAAAUAAACUAUUCGAUAUUCAUCAAAAGAGGGGGGGAUUAGAAUAGCGUUUAAAAUGUUCUGAAUCGCUGUAGUUAUGAUGAAUAAUCUUACGUUGUUUUCCCCGUUUAGGGUGACGGUGGCAGUCCGUUGUUUUGUCCAUCCAAACAUGAUCCUGAUAACCUGGUCCAAGUUGGAAUCGUUUCUUGGGGUAUAAGCUGUGGCGUAGAAAAUAUACCCGGCGUUUACGUAAACGUCGCCGUUUUUCAAAAGUGGAUCAACAAUCAAAUAGAAAAUCACAGUUCAGUUUAACAUAACCGAUUUUCGGCAACAUAUUGUAAACAUCAAAUUGUGAACUGAUUUUAUUUUGUUACUUAAAACUCUCAUUUUUAUACAUACCACACACAAUUUUAUACUUUGUAAUUUAUUUCUUUUUUAUAUACCUAUAUAUAAUAUAUCAUAUACAUAUAUAUAUAUAUCAUAUAAUAUGUACCUAAUAUAUAAUUUGUUACACGCUGAAUGCUGAACGCAUGACGCUGUAAGAAACUGUCGAAAUUUACUUAAUUUUAUGAAUCAGAACAGUAAUAUAUUUUUUUUCAACUGAAGAUGAAAAUUUAGGAAAUCAUUUAUUAACUAUUUUCUUAUACUCCGAAUAGUGAAUUUUAUUUUUAUAAUUUUAUCUUAUUUGGUAAUGGGGCAAAUUUUGGCAAUGGUAUACUUGUAUAGAAAGUUUCUGAUAGAAUUUGUGUACACUGUAUAAAAUAACUUGAGCAAUUAUAUUCAAAAUGCAACAAAAGAGAUUUCUAGACAUUUACUGAUUAAAACAAUAUUUCUCAUUGAAAUCAUAGUUUGAAAAAAUUAAAAACAAUAAAAUCGAUAA